ACGGGCGGCGCCGGCUUCAUUGCCUCACAUGUAGUUGUGUCUCUUGUAAAAAACUAUCCAAAUUAUCUGAUUGUAAAUCUAGAUAAGCUCGACUACUGUGCAAGCUUGAAGAAUCUUGAAACGGUCUCCAAGAAGGAAAAUUACAAAUUUAUCCAGGGGGAUAUUUGUGAACCUCACUUUAUAAAACAGCUUUUUGAAACUGAGAAAAUUGAUAUAGUCCUUCACUUUGCAGCCCAAACACAUGUAGACCUUUCAUUUUUGCAUGCCCUAGAGUUCGCCUAUGUGAAUGUUUAUGGCACUAAUGUGUUGGUUGCUGCUGCAUAUGAAGCUAAUGUGGAGAAGUUUGUCUAUGCCAGUACAGAUGAAGUGUAUGGAGGUAGUAUUGACGAGGAAUUUGAUGAAUCUUCACCAAAGCGCCCGACAAAUCCCUAUGCCUCCUCAAAAGCAGCUGCAGAAUGUUUUGUGCAGUCUUAUUGGGAAAGGUACCAAUUUCCAGUUGUUAUCACACGGAGUAGUAAUGUUUAUGGACCGCACCAAUAUCCAGAAAAAGUUAUUCCAAAGUUUAUCUCUUUGUUGCAACACAACAGAAAAUGCUGUAUUCAUGGUUCUGGACUUCAAAGAAGGAAUUUCCUUUAUGCCACUGAUGUAGUAGAAGCAUUCCUUACUGUUCUGAAGGAUGGGAAGCCAGGUGAAAUUUAUAACAUUGGAACUAAUUUUGAGAUGUCCAUUGCCCAGCUUGCUAAGGAGUUAAUCCAUUUAAUAAAGAAGACCAGUUCAGAAUCUGAAAUGGAGUAUUGGAUGGACUAUAUCAAGGACAGACCUACGAAUGAUCUGAGAUACCCAAUGAGCUCAGAAAAAAUGCACAACUUGGGAUGGAGACCUAAAGUGCCUUGGAAAGAAGGAAUAAAGAAAACAAUUGAAUGGUACAAAGAAAACUUUCACAACUGGAAGAACGCAGAGAAAGCACUGGAGCCCUUUCCUGUGACAGAGCCGUUUGCACAGUUUAAUAUUCCGUAAGGUGGAGGAGGACCAGAGGAAUUAUUCUACCUCACAGUCUUUUU